UUAAGCUAACAGCCUCCACUUUGUAGCCGUCUGCAGCUGGCUGCUCCGCUGGGAGUUAAUUAUUGGUGUUAUCAACUCGUUUUAGCUCGAGUUUACAAUUAGCGUUGAUCAUCUCCCGGCCGUCAAACCGUCACGUGGGGACACUCGGCCGCCAGGAUGGAUCGCAGUAGCUGGAGCGGCAGUGAGAGUCCAGGCGAGGACAUGGACAGACUGAGCGACUCUGGAGGGGAUAAGACCAUGGAUGGAGACCCCGAGGGCGUCUAGCCCGACAUCGAGCAGAGCUUCCAGGAGGCCCUGGCCAUCUACCCGCCUGUGGGAGAGGAGAUCAUUCUGUCGGACGAAGGGAAGAUGUACGGUCGCAACGAGCUGAUAGCCAGAUACAUCAAGCUGAGGACGGGGAAGACGCGAACGAGGAAACAGGUAUCCAGUCACAUCCAGGUCUUGGCCAGAAGGAAAUCCAGGGAGUUCCAGUCCAAACUAAAGGACCAGAAUGCGAAGGAGAAGGCGCUGCAGAGCAUCUCCUCCAUGUCCUCGGCUCAGAUCGUCUCGGCGACAGCCAUCCACAGCAAGCUGCUGCCGGGCAUCGUACGAGCCAGCUUCCCCGGCAACGCACAGCUGUGGCAGGGGAUGAUUCCUGGAGGACAGUCCAGCUCCACCACAGAAGACAUCAAGCCGUUCUCCCAGCAGGCCUACUCGGUGCAGACGGCAGGAACCACCACCAUCUCAGGCUACGAGCCGCCGGCUGCAGCCCAGACGCACCGAGAGCCGGCCUGGCAGGGACGCUCCAUCGGCACCACCAAACUACGACUGGUGGAGUUCUCGUCCUUCCUGGAGACGCAGCGCGACCAGGAGGCGUACAACAAACAUCUGUUCGUCCACAUCAGCCAGAACAGUCCGACCUACAGCGACCCGCUGCUCGAGUGCGUCGACAUCCGGCAAAUCUACGACAAGUUCCCCGAGAAGAAGGGCGGCCUGAAGGAACUGUUUGGGAAGGGUCCCCAGAACGCCUUCUACCUGAUCAAGUUCUGGGCCGACCUGAACUACAACGUGCAGGACGACCCGGCUGCCUUCUACGGAGUCACCAGCCAAUACGAGAGCUCCGAGAACAUGACCAUCACCUGCUCCACCAAGGUGUGCUCCUUCGGCAAGCAGGUGGUGGAGAAGGUCGAGACGGAGUACGCGAGGUUUGAAAACGGACGCUUCGUCUACAGAAUCAGUCGCUCUCCGAUGUGUGAAUACAUGAUCAACUUCAUCCACAAGCUCAAACACCUGCCUGAGAAGUACAUGAUGAACAGUGUGCUGGAGAACUUCACUAUUCUGCUGGUGGUGAGCAACAGAGACACUCAGGAGACGUUGCUGUGUAUGGCCUGUGUGUUCGAGGUUUCCAACAACGAACACGGAGCACAGCACCACAUCUACCGGCUCAUCAAGGAAUAGCAGCGAGCACCACAGCAACAAACACAUUUAUGGCCUUCGCUUGGUGAUUUAAUGGUGACGUCGGAAGUAAAAAAUGUCUGAAAAACGGAAUUUCUCUCAGCCAAACAAGUUAGUGAAGAAGGAAGAUGGCUGCAUGCUCACUGCUAGAACGUAAUAAAACGGGGUAGAUCUCAAUUAACACCAGAAACUGCUCAGUGUGCUGCAGAAUCCUCCUCGACGGGAUUCAUUUCAGCACACGAAAUAUUAACUGGGAGCUGCCGACCGGUGGCUCAUUAGCUGUAAAAGCACAGUGGCAACGCAGCCGUAGAAACGCAGCAGAAUCGACCUGGGAGGUUUUUCCCGAGAACAUCGUGACUCUGAUACCACCAGGAGAUGUCGCGUCUCCUGCUGAUUACUUUCUUCCCCUCGUUCUCUUGUUUAAUUUGUAAUUUUUGCUCUUCUGAUGAUGGAAGUGGUAUCUCUGUCGUGUUUAAUUUGGGAAAGACAACCCAGUCGAAAGGGAGAAAGAUCUCACAAUUUGGCACGACGGCCCAACGACGAAAACGAUCCCACCGAGAUAGCUCUGAAGGUCAGACCCUGUGUAUCGCCAGUAAACAGAGAGGAAAUAACAGUUACUGCAUUAUCAUAUAGUAGAAUAUAGAGGUGGGUUUGUACAGAUAGACACACAAAAGAAGAGGUUUGUCCCAAAGAAAAGGAAAUCUAAUUUUUACCUUUUGUGUGUUUUUCUUGAGGAAAUAAAAAAAUAGCUUCUAAACUUUGGGAAAUUGUUUAUGGAUAGUAGCAUAUAGACUAUAUUUUAAUUCCACGAUCACUAUCUAAAAUUUAUCUUAUUAAACUAUAAGUAAAAUUAAACGAUUCAGGUACCUUUUUGUGCAAAAGAUGACUCUUUGUCUAGAUUCAAACAAGAAAGACCACAAUAAAAUUAGAGUCCUUAAGGUUUCAGUCCUGGUUGAGAGGAGUUUGGUGAUUUAUUGAUCAGAGGAAUCAAACAGAUUCAUGUCGUUAAUUUGAUUUAUACUGUUGCGUUUAGUUUACAAAAGUCUGUUGUUAGCAUUUAUUCUCUGUUAGUCUGCAAUUACACCACAGAACACUAGUUAGCAGUGAGGAUUUUAUGCCACUGUGUUGAAUUUCUGCAUUUCUGUCAAGCAGCUGAGUUUGAAACAGCUGAAAAUGUUGGAAUAAACAAACUUUUACUGAAGAACGACUGACAGAGCUAUGAAAAGUUAUCCUUUAGCAUCAUGAGCACGUCAGAUAUACUUACAGUCUGUUAGAUAUUAAUCUUCAUCUCAUAAAAACACUAUUUUACAUGUGUAAACUUGGUACACUACAACCAAGCAGGCCAGUCACUGCUUUUGUGCUAAUUUUGCCGCUACAUGCUACAUUUCUGGGAAGAUACGGAUCAAGCUAAGCUGUAGAGCUACUGACGAAAUAAAUCAGACUUUAUUGUUGCGACAUUUAAGUAUUUAGUAACUUUAGCAGGGAUUAGCUAAUCGUUUAACUAGCAAAUGAUAAUUUAACUGAGUAAAAAUAAGAAAAAGAAGAAGGUCGUGCAUGUCUGUAAAUGUAUCAUAGAUCAGCUGUAGUACGUGGUUGUUCCACCAGGUGGAGCCUCUUAUUGUUUAGGAGACCAGAGGAAGCAUCACUCAGACUACAGUUCAUGUUAAAGCAGAGAGCAUUGUGGGACUUUAGCUAGCAACAGGGCAGGAUAACAAAGACUUGAGUGGUGGUUAAUGACUCCUAUUACUGGGAGAUUAAGUCAGCUUUACUGAAAAAGUCGCGUAUUUGUGGCUACAGCAAUCUUAUCUGCAUAUGAUAUGUGUCUGGUGUCUCAUUUGCAUUAAUCAUAAAUUGAUCGUUGAUUGAUUUUAGACUGCCAACUAUCAGGAAAUGUUAAGAAAACGCUGAAAAAAGAAGGUCAUGCAUGUCAAAUCUUUACCUUUUUGUCUGUAAAUGUAAAAGCAAUGAAUGGAUACUCCUGAAAAAUAAAUGAUCCGUAAUCAGGACGAUCUUAAGGAUUCUAAUUUUAAAUACAUCUUGGUCAGUCCAUUGAAGAGCACUGUGAAUUAAAAAAAACUGUACAUUAUUCAUGGUGUAUCCACCUUUAACACUUUUAUGACCUGGAUCUCUUUACAAAUGAAGUCUAGCUUAGUGAAGUGUUCUUAUACCAGCUAAUUUGAGCUUUAACUCACCCGUACUGCCAAAAGAGACUGAAAUAUUGAGUUAAAUUUUAGAUUAUAGGCCGCCCUGACCAGGAGACUUCGGCACCUCGGUGGCGUUUUAACUCGCGUUUCCCUUCAGAAAGUCCACGUUGUGAAAGAUUCCGUCAGAAUUAAAGUCGUUUAUUAAUCAAAAACCAAAAACUGUCGGCGGGUGGAGCUGUAGCAGGGGUGGUCUGGCGGUCGGUCGGUCGGUCGGUGAAGUGCCUUUUGGCUGGAGACAGCAGGAGACGUUUCUGUUUCGCUAAAGUCUUGAUAAUUUGGUGUUUGUAGAAAAGAGAAAAAAGCCUUUUAGUGUUUGUCAAGAACACACAGUUCAGUCUCACAUGCUGGAGCCAAUUAUCUGAAUUUCAUAUGAGAAAGUUUGUUUUUUUUAACGUAAUUUGUGGACAUUUGCAGCGAAACAUCCGAGAAAAUCUGUUUUUAUUUCCCUGUAGAUGUCACACUGUUGUUCACUUCUAUCUGAUAGCAGCGUUUACAGGAAUCUGUUCCACAUGUUUGUGGAGAAAGAGCUUCACACUGAAUACGAUCUGGUGCCUCGUUCAUUCACUUAUAAAACACUAAUUCUGACUUCCCUACUGUGGGAUGAUUUAUGAAGAUCUGGGACUUUGUUGAUCACAAAGUGAAGAAAUCUGCUUGAAGGUUUGUUCAUAAAGUAGGAAGACGUCCUUCUGUCUUUAGAAGCUUUUAGAAGUAACAGUCAACAGAAUACUGAUACUGCUUUUUAAUUAAGACAUUUUUUUUAUCAUUUCAACUCAUUAAAAGGGGUUUUCCAUCUCAAAUGAUCAAAUUAUUAGAAAAGUUUCUGCUCGACUAUCUCUGAUUGACUAAAAACUUUUUUUCCGUAAUAAAUUAUAGAUAUUUGUGAAGUUUUAGAUUGAGAUUUUUUUUUAGCAUUUAAAUUACCCAUCGAUCCACUGUCAGCGGGUUUUCGGAAAGUAAAAUAAGUAAAAGUUCAUUCAAAAUGGGCUCUAAAAAUAAAAAUAUCCUCAUAUAAUAUAAGUUAUAUGUAGAAAACCACUUUGAAACUCCAGAGCUCUGUUUUGGAUCAAUCUAUCUGUCAAAAUUUUUGUUUUUUGUGGUACAACAAACCUGCUCAAUAAGUUAACAUCAUAGUGUGUAGCACGGUGGUGGCAUCAUCAUAAUGUGAAGCAUGGUGGUGGCAUCAUCAUAAUGUGAAGCAUGGUGGUGGCAGCAUCAUGAUAUAAAGCACGGUGGUGACAUCAUAAAAUGAAGCGUGGUGCAGAAAAAUACUAUAAUAAAAUGUCAGGAAAUUGUCUAAAAUUUUAUAUAUGCAAUACUAUAUAAAAUGGGUUGAUAAAAUGAUGUAAAGGAUUUUUAAAAAUAUUUAUAAAAUGUCCCACAAAUACGACAACAAAUUUGUAUCUUCUUUCAUGUUCUGAAUCAGUGACAUGAUCAGAAAUAACUGUGGAAAUUUCAGGUUUUUAUCUCUAAUGCUUUGAGAUACUGUUACUCAGACUCAAAAUUCACAUUUAAAUGUGCAAAAAAAAACUAAGUGGGUCGACGGGAAAUUUUAUUUUUGCAUAUAUAUGAAGCAAAAAAUUCCACAAAUAUCUUUACAAAUAUCCAAAUUUUCUGCUGUAAUGUUUUCAGGAAAAUUAGAGAUGGUUGAGUAAAAAUUGUGCUCAUAAUUUGUUGAUUAAAAAGGUAAAAAAACAAACUACAGAUUAAAUUCCUUUGUGUAAAUGAUCGAGGCCCAGAAACUUUCAUGUGUUCUAAUAAUGGAAGAACAUUGUUUGAAGCUCAGCGGGUUUUAUUUCCAGUGUGACCAGCUGAGAUGUUAGGAGGCGUCCAGAAGAUCCAGUAACUUCUAGAAAACUCCUGAAAUAAGACGUUUUAGUCCGAACUGUUCAUCUGGUAAAAAUAUAUUUAACAAAUAACUGAGGAGCAGUUUAAAUGCAUUUUCUCAGGGGCUGAACCCAGAAAUAUUCAUUUAAGGCUGGUAAUUAUCAGGUAGUCAAUUAAUUGGCACUAAGAAUUUAACCCAGUAGAAUUAUAUUAGCAGAAAAAAGAACGUCACACAUGUCAGUAAAUGUAGAUCAGCUGUAGUUCCUGGUUGUUCCACCAGGUGGAGCCUCUUCCUCUUUCAUACUGUAGAGACCAGAGGAGGCGUCACUCAGACUGCAGUUCAUGUUAAAGCAGAGAGCAUUGUGGGAGUUUAGCAGCAACGGGCACCAUGACAAAGACUUCAGUGAUGAUUAAUGACUCCUAUUAUGUCAGUACGUCUAAAAAAAGUCACGUAUUUGUGACUAAAAAAAGCCUAUCUGCAUCUGAAAUGUCUCCUGUAUCUAAUCACAUUAAUUAUUAAUUGAUCAUUGAUUGAUUAUAGAUUGCGAACGAUCAGGAAAUGUAAAAAAAAAAAUUAAAUCCCAACUUAAAAGUCAACUAAAAAAAAAAUCAAGGAUGUGAAAUUUUACCUUUUUGUGAGUAAAUGUAAUCUGGAUGCGACUGAGGGGCCGUUUUCAUGCAUUUUCUUCAGAAUUGUUUUAAUUUGUCUUUGUUCAAAACCACAAAAUUAUAACUCUAAAGACACUUAAGAGUGUUUCUCAGGAUUCUAACUUCCUGUGCAUCAUAAAAAGUUUCAGAAAUUUCUGAAUUUUGCAAAUGUAGAAGAGAAAAUCCAGUUGCUGUUGCAAUAAAACCUUCAGUUUGGACAUUAUUUACCACCUACUAACCAAAGACAGUCAUCUGAAGUGAUUUAUUACAAGCUUCUGCCAAAAAACCCACAUUUUUCCGGUAAACGUGGACGCCUCUUGUCAUCUCUGCUGUCAGACUGAAGGAUUCCUGAAAGUAAAACCUGAACUGUGACAUCUAAAUCCACGUGUCGACAUCAGCAGGUUUUACUGUUAAAUGUCCGUUUCUGAGCCGAUAACUUCACACUGGAAGCCGCCGCAUAAACUCGAGUUUUCAAUCAUCGUCGUCCGUGUUGUUAAUGUCGUCUUGUUUGUGAAAGUUGGAUAUUUAUCUCUUUAUUCAGAAAACCACGCAGAAGUCCUGUAACGGAUUCCAGAAUGGCCUUGAAUCUUUUCCGGCUGCAGCUCGUCUGCACCCAGGAGGUUUUUUUUGUUUUUAAUAAGGUGCUUUGUAUAAAAGAAAAAAAGAGACGUGACACUAAGGUUUAUUACAGAUGUUGUGUAUAUCUUUGAUAUUCUAAUGUUUAUCCUAUUUUGGAGGAGAGUGUGACGUCUGUUGGUUCUGCACAGGGUCUGAUCUUUGCUUUGUAACUUUCCCCUCAUGGCUAAAAGUAUGUUAGAGAUUUUCUAGCUUUGUAGAGACUUUGUACGCACAUGCUAUUCAGUUUAAAUAAAUGGUCAAUUCUAAACUGUG